AUGAGUGGACAAACGAGCAUCCAUUUGCCCGAACCUUCCGCAAUUCAAAAGGCCGUUCCUGUUGAGGAAUUCUUGCAAAUCAAAGAACAGUAUGACUCAGAACAUCCUUUGAUAACAUUACAAACCAAAUUUAACUUAGCAUGGGCUCUCGUUUGCUCGGAAAAUCUUCAGCAGGUUCAACAAGGUCUUACUUUGUUCUGCACUGUCUACAGAGACUUCCCUGAGCGUCGCCUGGAGGCUUUAUACUACAUUGCACUAACACAGUAUAAGAUAAAGCAAUACGAAGAAUCUCGUCGGUACCUGAACAUGCUUCUUGCCAAGGAUCCUUCAAACUCCCAAGCGUUGAAGCUGAAGUCUUUGUUGUAUAAUGCCGUCACAACAGAAGGAUACAUUGGGAUGGCCGUUGUAGCAGGUGCAGUUGUUUCAGCUGCCGCAUUGGUUGGUUGGGCUUCCAAGCGUAUAUUUUCCAGACGACGAUAG